ACAGGCGGCGCGGGAGCUGGAGCCGGAGAACCGAGUGCGCAUCGCGGUCGCCCGCCGGGUUCCUAACGCGCUCGGCCGCCCCUCCCCUAGCAACGGCCCGGCCCCGCCCCGCCGGUCCCCGCGGCGUCUCCCGAGGGCGGGAAUCCCGCCGCGAGCGCAGCCUCCCCGGAGUCCUGGGCUGGAGGAGGUCGGGAGAUCGGGCAGCCUCUGUCCUAGGGCCGGUGGAACUCCACCCGCUUCGGGCACCCGGUGUCCAUUACGGGCUAGGAAACCUCCCCAAGGUGCCCAUUCCAGGAUUUGAAACCCUUAGCAGUGAAGUUAUUCCGGAAGUCUGCCCUGACUCUCGUCUCUCGUUAUUUAAGCCCUUGUAAACCUUGCUAGACCUCAGAGGAGUCGCCGGGACCCCUGGCGCUGCCCACCCCACCGGCCCCGGGUCUCCCGGCCGGUCCCGCCUCCCACCUUUCCCGUGGUGAAAGCUGUCGCGAUGAGGCGGGCUCUCUGCCUCCUUCCCUACUCCCUCCCCUCAACUAGGUCCCAUUUACUUUUCUUUAAUUAAAAAACAAAUUACUGGGUUUUUUUUUUUCCUUUCCUUUUUACACAAACGUAGUCAUUGUAGACUGUUUAGAAAACAUGAAUUACCAAAAUGAAAAAGUUCUAAAACCUUAUAAUCCUGCUUCGUAGAGAGUGUCGAUGUCGGUGUUAUCACCUGGGUAUAAACUCCUCCCAGCCUUUUUCUAUUUGUGCCUCUCUCCGGAUAACAGAAAUGGGGAUAUACUAUUCCUGCUUACUGCCUCGUUAACCUUUCGUCACUUAACAGUGUAACUUUCCAUAGCGAUGGUCAGCUACAACUACAGCUCUGAAAAAUUGGAGGGUUUAUUAAACCCAGAUUGCUUCCACCUCCCGCCCUCAACAGCUCCCACGUGAUGUACAAACUACUGAUCUACAUCGUUUGUAGUGAAGGAACGGCAUUUUAAGGGUCUCACUCUGUUGCCCAGGCUGGAGUGCAGUGGUGCGAUUACAUCUCACUACAGCCUGAUCACCUGGCUCAAGUGAUCCUCCAACCUCAACUUUCUGAGUAGCUGAGACCACAGGCAUGUGCCACCAUAUUUUUUUAUUUUAUUUUUUGUUGAGACAGGGUCUCACUAUGUUGCCCAGGAUGGUCUCAAACUUCUGGUCUCAGCCUCCCAAAGUGUGGGAUUAGAGGCAUGAGCCACCGUGCCCGGCAAAAUGAUCAUUUUAAAGAUGAAGAAACGGAGGCACACACAUCGAUGCCUAUAUACACACACUCCCCGGAUUGGGAAACAGCCUGGUUCAUGCUCCGCAGUCCUGGGAAAGCUGGCCUGGCACAAAGACAAUGGCUACUGGGAAUGCCUGGCCAACGGCAGCUGGGCUGCCUGUGUGAAUUAAUCUGAGUGCCAGAAGAUCCUCAAUGAGGAGGUGAGGCUGAGCCAAGCGAGGCUGCCCUUAUGGAGGGGGGUCCAGGGUCUCCACAGUUUUGUGCCUGCUACUUGGAGUCACGGAGCCAGAGGCUAAUGUCAAGGCCCUGCCGUAGCAAAGCCGACUGGGGAGCUGGAGCCGUUAGCUUAGAAAUGGCCCAUGAGCCAUUGAGAGCGAGCUGGGCUGGUGGGGCACUGGGCAGGCUCUGAUGGCGAUGAGAUGGGUCCUUAUUCCUUCCUUCCUUCCUUCUCCUCAUGCUCAUUGGGCAGCCGCUUGCACUGGGCAUGGGACUGUCCUGGGGGUGGAAAGGGAGACCAGACUCGGUCACAGGAGUCCCACCCUUUCCCACCACUCGAGCCUGAGAGAUGCUGGAACCCCAGGGGGCUGUAUGGGAACCAGGGACAGGGUGUAGGUAGCAGUGCAGGUCAAAAAAGCCCUUGGAAACCCUUUUAAAAUGUUAAAUGUUUUUGAGUAGAAGUUGCUUACACAGAAUUCAGAAGGUACAAAUGGGAAUACAGUGUCCCCUCCCACCCCGUCCCCAGCCACUGGAUUCCCUGCCAGAGGCGACCGUUUUGCCAAUUUCACUAAUGUUCUUCCAGAGACAUUCUCUGCAUAUACGGGUAAUUAUAUAUAGGUAUUCUUUUUUGUUUUACCUGAAUGUUGCAUAUUAGUCUACGCCUUGCUUUCUUCAUAUAAUCAUCUGUCUUGGAGAUGGUUCCACAUCAGUACAUAAAGAGCAUCUUCAUUCUUUCUGCAUUUGCAUAAUAUCACAAAAUAUACCCUAAUUUAUUCUAACCAGUCUUUAUUCCUAGUCUUCGGUUAUUACAAAUGGUGCAGCAAUGAAUAAUCUUUGAAGGGUGACAUUUGGCAGAGACACAAAUAUGUCUAUCCUGGAGCUGCUGCUGCCCUCAGUCUCUCCCACUCCCUCUCCUUUCCCACCUGACGCUUUCUCCCUGGGUGCUGAGGAAGGCAGGGGUCAAAGGGCAGAAGGAAGGACACCCCAGGCUGUGUAAGGACCUGGAUUUCUGAGUGUGGAAGAGACCCACCAACCUAGGCAGUCGCAAGAACCCAUCACCUAAAGAUCAGAGCUGGAAAGGACCUUGGAGACUCUCCCUCCCAUCUUGAGGUUCCCAGACCUGCCUGGUUAUAUGAAUUGCCCAGAGGCUGAUCACUUGAGGUCAGGAGUUGGAGACCAGCCUGGCCAAUAUGGUGAAACCCCGUCUCUACUAAAAAUACAAAAUUAGCCGGGUGUGGUAGUGGGCGCCUAUAAUCCCAGUUAUUCAAGAGGCUGAGGCAGGAGAAUCGCUUGAACCUGGGAGGCGGAGGUUGUAGUGAGCCAAGAUCAUGCCACUGCACUCCAGCCUAGGCAACAGAGCAAGACUCCAACAAAAAAAAGAAAAAAAUCGCCCAGAGCACUUGUCCAAAUACAGGCUCCGGGGCCACACCCAACACCUAAAAAACACACUGUCCAGGGAGGACCUGGGAAUCCGUGUCUUUAAUGAGUGCUCCCAGGGAGCCUUCUGAUGGGGCAAAAGCCAGAAACUCUAAUCUAGUGCAACCCGUUCACAUUACAGAUGAGGAGACUGGGGACCAGAAAAGGGGAAUGAGUAACACAACGUCAUGUGGCCAGAGUGAGUCAGAGCCUGGAACCCUGGGCUUUGAAGCUCAGGCUCUGCUUUGCCCACUGCCAGGUAUCUGGAGUGAAACAAAGUUAACGGAGGAAGAAUCGCUUUCCUCCACCUGUAGCUCCCACCCUGGCCUGGCAUGCUUUGGUUAGCCCCACCCCUGGCUUCCUGGCCUCAAGUCACUGAGCUAACUCGGGACUCUGCUGUCUCCUUCUAGAAGCUGCAGAUAGGUCAGUGCCUAGCGUAAAAGAAUGAUGAGUUCUUCCCCGGUGCUGCUCUGGCAGGACGGGGGCUGCCUGGAUCUCAGAUCCCACAGGCCAGACCUUCGGGUGGCACUCAAGGCUGGGGUGGGUUGGUUGGGCUCCCUCAUGAUCUGACCUGAGCAGAGAAAGCCCCCAGCUUGCUAAGCCCCCGCACAGAGUCCACCUGGAAAGCCCUGGGAUUGGGAGGAGGGCUCCUCUUGGACCGGGGGAAGGAAUUGGGGUUCCAGGUUAGGAGACUUAGUUGGGCCAGAGGACAUGGCCUUGGCUCGGGGGUGGGAGUGGGCAAGACCGUUCAGGGAUGUGGGACCCAUAGCCUGGCACGCAGUAGAGGACGUGGGGGGAAAGGAAAGCGAGUCAGUGCUGUCGGUGACUCAGGACCACACACCAUGCCAGAAAGAGGCGGCUGGGAGGAGGCACAGCCAAGGCCCGAGGCCAGGCCGCCAGCCGCACAGUCUGUCACCGCUGGUCCCAGCCUCACUCCCAGCACUCCACCCUCCUGAGGAUCAGGGUAGGAUCUUCGUGGGUCACCUGUCUCUCUUGCUCUAAUGUAAGCCCCUUCCUUUCAGUUGGCUAAUGGAGACACUCAGCAGCCCCCAUUUUCCCCAGCACCCUUCAGAGGCCCAAGGGCAGUAGGUUAGCCACCCUCAGCCUGCCCUGCAAUGCCCACCCCUGCCAGGACAGGGGUCUCCCCCUCUCUCCAGCAGCAGGGUUAGGACAAGGAAGAGGGUGAGGAGCCCACUGUCAUCAGCCCCUCUUUGCGUGGCAGUGAGAACAGCAGGGACCUUCAGGGUUGGGUUUCAAUGGGAACCUGCUGUGUGACCUGAGCAGGCUACUUAACCUCACCAAGUUCCCUAAUGUGGCAGCCAGGAAUUCAAAUCUCUGCCUCCUGGGGAUGGGAGGGUGGUGUUGGCCUGUCUUGGCAUAUGGGGAACGUUCCAUUCACCUGCCAGGCCCCAUCCCUCCUCUCUCCUGUGAGGUCAGGGGAGGUCCUAGUGUAUACUUGGGGGAGUGCCCACCCCCACCAGCCCACCCCUGCCUGGUUCUGCCACCUCUUUCCCCAGCAGCCUCUGCUAGCCUGGUGCCUAGCACGCUGGGUAAUCAAUUAAUUUAAUUAGUGAAAAUGCCAUCCCCUUCUGCCAGCCCCCAGACUCGCCAGACCCCUCCCGGAACUGCAGGGAAAUGUAUCCAAUGACUUGAGUGGCAGCUUUCUCAGCUCUGGACCUGGAUUAAGCCCUAAUUAAGCUCCAGCGCCCUAGGGUAUUGUAGAUAAUGGAUUCACAGAAGUCUGCCUGUGACCUGGGACUUGCGAGGGCACCCCAAGGCCAGGUACCCCAGGAGAUCUGCCCAAAGCUGGCACCACCAGGGACAGGCCCCCAAGUGGGGAGCCUGUUGCAUGCAUGGCUAGCCCGGGGAUGGCACUGAGCCCCCAGCACCACCCUACAUGCCCCCCACACCCGGUAUCAACACCUUCUCCCUCCACUAUGUUCUCUCCCUUCCCCACCAUCCGACUCUUCCCCAUCCCUGACACUUGCACACACACCAUCCCCUUUCCCCACGCUCUGCUGAGCACAGGAGCCGGGGCUCAGGCACAGUCUGGGAGACCACACCUUGGUGAGACAUGAAACGGAUUCUGGGGUCUGGGUUUGUGGGCCAAGGUUCACUGCUCAUCGUGUGGGGAGAGGCAAACCGUGAAGGUGCUUUUUCCUGAAACACAGCUCCGAUUCUGUGGGCCUGGGGUAGGGCCUCUAGCCCACUCUCCUCACCAUCACUGCCAGUGUCUCCGUGUGCAGUUGCUGGGCCAGGGCCCUUUGAGGAUCAAGGGGCCAGAGUGAGUGCCUGCUGCGAGGCAAGAGGAGUUUCUCUGGAAGCCUCGGUGGAGAGGAGGUGCCAGAAUGGAGGGAGCACCAGGGGGGAACUUGAAAGGGAGGUCUCAUUGCUACUGUCCCAGCGAGGCAUCAGGACGGGUCUGGCAAUGCAGCACCUGGGACGAGGUGGUGUUCUGCAGAGAGUCCACGGCACUAAUUGCUUACUCGAUUCGGGUCACUGAGGGUACAGUGGAGUGGGCUCUGUCGAGUGCCAUGCUGUGCCACCCUCCUCAGGGUGGGGUGCCUGCUGGUCUUAGGUCUCCAGACUGGACAGAGAUGGAGUGCUGGUCAGGACCGCAGGGGUGGCUGUGUCCUGUGAACAUCCCAGCUUCUUUGCUGUCAUUGUGGCCAUCGGUCGGGGUGUCACUGGCUGUCCCUGGGGGUGCUGCUGACUCUCCAGGCGUCACUGGCCACCUCUCAGGGUGUUCCUGGGAGUCUCUCAAGGCCUUGCUGUCUCUUUAGAUAAUGCUGGCCAGAGCUCUGGUUGUUACUGGAGAUUUCUCAGUGUCACUGGCUUCUGUCUGGGUGUCACAGGAUGUAUGUCUCAGGGUAUUGGCAGCCAUCUAUCAGGCUGUCUCUCCAGCUGUCUUCUCAGGCUGCUUCUCAGGUCGUGUCAUGCUGAUGUGGCCAAUGAGAGACAGGGCUUGAACCCGGCCCAGGGAGUCCCACAGAGUCUUUAUCCCCCAGGAGUGGUUUGGCCGAUUCUCCCUCUCAGGCUCUGUGGAGAGAAGCCCUCGUGGGUGCCGUCCUCCCGACAGGAGGUCCCCUGAGGCUCCUGGGCCCUGAAUGGAGCAAGACCACCCCAGAGAGUGCCUCUGCUUUCAAUUCCUGCUUGUCCCUCAAGAAAUGUCCCAGGGGGCUGGGUGCAGUGGCGCACACCUGUAAUCCCCACACUUUGGGAGACAGAGGCAGGCAGAUUGCCUGAGCUCAGGAGUGUGAGACCAGCCUGGGCAACAUGAUGAAACCCCAUCUCUACCAAAAAUACAAAAAUUAAGCCAGGCGUGGUGGCGCAUGCGUGUGAUCCCAGCUACUAGGGAGGCUGAGGCAGGAGAAUCACUUGAACUGAGGAGGCAGAGGCUGCAGUGAGCCAAGAUCCCACCACUCCAGCCUGGGUGACAGAACAAGACUCCAUCCCCCCCCCCCCAAAAAAAAAGAAAUGUCCCAGGGAAACAGGGAAAAGAGGGAUUUCAAUGCCAGGCAGACCCAGGUUCUAGAUACAUGGCGUGGCCAAGUAUUCAGCCUCUUCCAAGGGAAGAACGGGAUGAGAGGGUCAGUCUCCAAGGGCAGCUGUGGGAAAGAAAAGCAUUGGUGUCUGCUGAGCUCCUGGCACAGGGCUCAGCAUACAGCAGGUGCUUAAUAGAUGACUCCUCCCCACUCCAUCCCCAAGGGCCUGGCGUGGCCUGACUCAGGGGCAAGGCCAGGCCCUGGCAAGGGACAGUGAAGGGUCUCCCUGCAUGCUGUGCUGGUCCCACCCAGCCUGGGCCUGUGAACAAGGCAGGGGUGUCGUGCCAUGCUCGGCUCCACACAUGCUGUCAUUACCCAGGGGCUUCUCAGCAUGGAUUUGUGGGAAAUUUAAUAAAAGGAUAUUAAAUACCAGCUCCAGACAGCCUGUGAUAUGUGCAUAUAUUCCAGAGCCUCUGGAUUGGGGCCUCUGCCACCAGGCGCUUAGCGAUCGUCCCCCCUUACAUGGGUGGGUGAUGGGUACCCUCCCCUCGCUUCCCCUCUCUGUCUCUCUCUCUCCUGCCUUCGUUCACACCUCCCUGGAUCCCAGCUCUUUGGAGGCUGGAGUUGCUAAUGUGAUUUCCUGCCAUGUUCCAGCAAGCCUGCCUGGAAACCAGCUCGAAGAACAGUUUCUAUAGGAGCCUCUGGAGCUGAGAGGUCCCCCAGUGAAGAUGCCCCUUCAGAAGGGCCUUGGCUCCUCCUGGGAUGCCUGGUAGAUAGGGCUGGACUUGGUCUCUGGUUUCGUGGGUUCUCUAAUUCUGACAGGAAGGCCCGUGAAGGGCCAGGAGCUCCUUGUGGCUCUGAUAGGAUGAUGAGGGCCGUUGUGAGCUCACCGCUUCUCGGCACUUGCACGUUACCCAUUUCUGUGCCUCGUCAUCUGUCAGCCCCACCCCAGAGCCCGGAAAUGGGGAGGAAGGGAGGUGCUGCCAGGGACCCCUCCCUUCUCAAAGCCACCUGCUUUCCAACACCCGUCCCUCCUUCCUUCACUCACACACUGCGUUGGAGGUCUACUGCGUGUCAAGCUCUGAGUUUCCAGGCCCUGCUUGCUUCUUGGGACCUGUAAGAGUGUGGGUGAGGGCUUUGCUCUUGGGCAGGGGUCUGCAGGGAGCUGGGCAUGGGGACUGGCCAGUCCCAUGUGAUGGGCCGGGGACCUGUUUCAGCCUUCGCAUCUUGCCAGUUGGCACAUGCAGGCAGGAGGUGAUUUUGAUGUUGCUUGGCCUCCAGUGCAUCUGCAUAACCUCUGUGCUGUUCACCCACAAAAUAAAGCCCAGACGCCCUUCCCGCUCCCAACGGGGUUGCCCUGGCAGUUUAAGACGAUAACAGAUGUGAAAAUCCUCUGUUAAGUGGGAAGGCUUCAUCACUUUUGGAACUUAAGAUUGCUGGAAAGAGGAGGGCAGUGACCUCCACCGGUAUAUUUAAUUCAUUGAGAAAUAAACCGAGGAAUGUGUUCCAGACCCGGGAGAGGAUCCGGCUCACUCUGCACAGAUCCCGCUGGGCCAGGGAUGGGGAAGGCCCUGGGAAGUGAGUAAUGGAGCCUAAAGAUACUUUUCUGUGGUUUCUGCUGAUUUCCCCUUGUGGCUCGCAGGAGCAGGCUGUGUAGCAGCAGGAGGGUUUUAGGGGCGCCAAGAAGAUGGUGACUCGGUUCAGAAAUGGGUGGAGAAGAGAAAUCCCGGAAUGACGUGUCUGCAGCUGAGAGGUCCACCUGAUGUUCCAAUCAGGCAGAAGCAUGGGCAGAUGCGGGUGUGAGGGCGCCACUGUGAGCCGGCCACACGCACUCGUGCACGUGGAGGGGAGUCUGUGUGGAGUAGGGAAUCCUGCGUGAUGUGGAGGUUCAGUUCGACACAACACGCGGUAGUGAACAGAGCACGGGAUUCAGGGACAGACAGAUGUCAAACUGGAUGGCUUUGCUCUGAUGUGAAGCCUGACCAGCAGCAGGUGCUCGGGAAGUGGGGGGUGGCCCUUGAGAUCAUGACCCGCUCCAUCCCAGCCACCCCCAGGCGAUGUCCUCACACAGUGGCUCACAUCCAGUGGGCACAAGGGCUGAGCUGUGCAGAAGCCUCACCUCUGCCCCUCUCUCCUGCUGCAGAAAAAGAGCAAGGUGCACUACCAUGUUGCAGUCAUCAUCAACUACCUGGGCCACUGUAUCUCCCUGGUGGCCCUCCUGGUGGCCUUUGUCCUCUUUCUGCGGCUCAGCCUGCCCCUCAUCCUCUCUCCUGUCACUCCGUCACCUGCCCGUCCUGCUGUGCCAGGAGCAUCCGGUGCCUGAGAAACAUCAUCCACUGGAACCUCAUCUCCGCCUUCAUCCUGCGCAAUGCCACCUGGUUCGUGGUCCAGCUCACCAUGAGCCCUGAGGUCCAGCAGAGCAACGUGGCCUGGUGUAGGUUGGUCACAGCUGCCUACAACUACUUCCACGUGACCAACUUCUUCUGGAUGUUUGGUGAGGGCUGCUACCUGCACACAGCCGUCGUGCUCACCUACUCCACCGAGUGGCUGCGAAAGUGGGUGUUCAUCUGCAUCGGCUGGGGUGUGCCCUUCCCCAUCAUUGUGGCCUGGGCCAUUGGGAAGCUGUACUACAACAAUGAGAAGUGCUGGUUUGGCAAAAGGCCUGGGGUGUACACCAACUACAUCUACCAGGGCCCCAUGAUCUUGGUCCUGCUGAUCAAUUUCAUAUUCCUUUUCAACAUCGUCCGCAUCCUCAUGACCAAGCUCCGGGCGUCCACCACAUCUGAGACCAUUCAGUACAGGAAGGCUGUGAAGGCCACUCUGGUGCUGCUGCCCCUCCUGGGCAUCACUUACAUGCUGUUCUUCGUCAAUCCCGGGGAGGAUGAGGUAUCCCGGGUCGUCUUCAUCUACUUCAACUCAUUCCUGGAGUCCUUCCAGGGCUUCUUCGUGUCUGUGUUCUACUGUUUCCUCAACAGUGAGGUCCGCUCUGCCAUCCGGAAGAGGUGGCACCGGUGGCAGGACAAGCACUCAAUCCGCGCCCGGGUAGCCCGAGCCAUGUCCAUCCCCACCUCCCCCACCCGUGUCAGCUUUCACAGCAUCAAGCAGUCCACGGCAGUCUGAGCUGGCAGGCCGCAGAGCAGCCCCCCAAGAGCUGUGGCUGGGAGCAUGACGGCCAGGCUCCUGGACCACCCUGUCUGUGGAGGCGACCUGUUAAAUCUCAUGCCCACUCCCCCAGGAGUAGCUGGCACUGACAGCCUGGGGGUUCCACUCUCCCCUGCAGCUGUGCAGUACCUCUAGCUCAUGAGUGGAAAGUCAUCUACAGGACUGGGCCAGGCCCAGGGCCUCUGGCUUCCCUGCCCGAUCCUCCCUGGAGAAGGGACAUGGGAAUGAAUUGACACGUGGCGCUGGACACCCACAGCAGCACACAUGUCCCUCCAAGGCUGUCUUCUCCCAGAGCACAAGAAGGCCAGCCUACUGGGGCCUGGGGCUGACCUCGGCAUCUGUGGGGAGGCUGUUCGCUGCCCCAGGGCCUCAUGGGCAACUCGUGACAGCCUCUGACUCACCAUGAUGAUGCCUCUGAACCUCGGCGAUGCCUUCUGACACCACUGGGAACCAAGGGCCCUUGCUCAGGAGUCCUGGAGACAGAAGUCAGGUGUCAUCAUCAGACAUGGGGCCGCAGCACUAGAGUCACCCUCCAGGCCUCCAGAACCUCACUGGCACUGUGGCACUGCCACCAGCAAUGCCCUGCCUUGCUGCCUUCACCCUGAACAUUAACUACCCUGCAGGCCAGGCCAGCUUCCCCUUACAUCGUCCUCACCCCACAACCAUCACCUCCUGCCCCCGGGUUUCCUCUUUUGUGAGAAGAUGGGGGCUGAAGGGGUCAGAGUGGCCUGUGAGCAAGAGCCAGGCACGUCUGAGCCCCGGCAUCUGUGCCAGAGCUUGUGGCCCCGGAUGGCCUCUGGGGCAGGACCACUAGCUAAGCAAGCGAGGAGAAGGCCCUUGCCCAAGUGGCUCUUGGGACAGCGUGCUGCUUAUACUCCAGGUGUGACCAGCCCAGCCCCACUGAGCUGCCCAUGUCUGGAGGGACUGGACAGCCAGAGCAGGGUUUGGGGGACACUAGAAGAUGAGGGUGUCAGCUGUGAGGUGGGUGGCUGGUAUAAAUAAUAUUUAUCUUUUCAACCA